GAACCAUAUGACUCUCUUUUACGUUCUUGUUUUUUCCUCCUCAAACACUGCUCAUCACUUUCCAUAUAAUUGUUGAACUAAAACAUUUUCACCUCUCUUUCCUUUCUUUUUUGCUUUGCUGCUAAAUUUUAGAAAAUGGGGUGUUAAUGUGUCACCUAAUCCAUCACUCAACUUCCUUAUUUUUUCUUAUUAAUAGAGCUACAAGUGAGGCAUUGGGGCCUUAACUCAUGCAACACUAAAAGGGUAUUAAAAAAUUACAUCUUGGGAGUUGAAAUCCUUCAAAGUUUCAAUUUUUAUGGUUUUAAAAAGUGUUUUCUUGGUUAUGGGUUGUUGAAAUGGGAAGAGAAUUGAAUCUUUGAAGUUGAAAUCUUUCAACGUUUCAAUAUUUAAGAUUUUUUUUUGCUAUGGGUUUGUUAAAAUGGGGAGAAAAUUGAAUUUUGGAAGUUGAAACCUUUCAAAGUUUUGAUUUUUUAGGUUCUUUUUGCUUAUUGGUUGUCAAAAUGGGAGAGAAUUGAAUCUUGGAAGUGGAAAUACCUUCAAAGUUUUGAUUUUUAGGAUUUUUUUGCUUUUGGGUUGUUAAAAUGGGGAGAGAAUUGAAUCUUGGAAGUUGAAACCCUUCAAAGUUUUGAUUUUUAAGGUUUUUUUUGCUAUGGGGUUGUUAAAAUGGGGAGAGAAUUGAAUCUUGGAAGUUGAAAUCCUUCAAAGUUUUAGUUUUCUUGAUUUGGGUUGUUGAAAAUGGCAAGUGUAGAUGUGUCUCAUGUUGAUUUAGAGGCUGGUACCAGUGGUAGCAGUGAAGAGGGUAGUGUUUGUUUCUCUGAUGCUGAUGAAGGUUCUUGUUAUUCUCAGUUUUAUUCAACAGCUGAUGGUUCAAAUUAUGAUGAUUAUAGUUUUGCUUGUGCUACUGAGUCUGAGAUUGGUGAAGCUAUGGUGGAGUCUAGAAGAGUUUCAUCUGUAGCUGAGUCUGAUAGAUCAGUGGAUUUAGAAAAUGGAAAUGGUGAAACAAAGUUGCAUGUUGGGAAAAUUAUUGAAAGAGAUUGUAGGAUUUGUCAUUUGAGUUUGUUGAGUUCUGAUACUCCUGAAUCUGGUGUUGCCAUUGAAUUAGGAUGUUCCUGUAAAGAUGAUUUGGCUGCUACACAUAGGCAUUGUGCUGAGGCAUGGUUCAAAAUCAAAGGAAAUAAGACUUGUGAAAUAUGCAAUUCCAUCGCACGCAACGUUGUUGGUCCAAAUGAUAUUGAGUCAGCACAGCAAACUAAUGAAUCAAGCGCGGUGGCUACAAGUGCAGUGUCUGCACCGGUAUCAGCAACUUCAGAAGCUCGAACUUGUUUGAAUGGUCAUCGGUUCUUGAAUUUCCUCUUAGCUUGUAUGGUAUUCGCGUUUGUCAUCUCUUGGCUCUUCCACUUUAACAUCCCAUCGUAGGGAGUAGUAUAGGAAAGAGUUCACGUGCCAUGAAAUUCGAAGGCAGUUAAAGGCUUAUGGUGGUAAAAAGAAAUGUUUAACACGUUUUUUCGCACUAGCUUUGGGAAUGUAUCUACCUACCGGGCAAUAUUUCAUCUGCCUACACCUUAGAUCUAGAAAUCAAUUUGUAAGUGUGUCAUCGUCGAUUUAUUAACUAAUAUUGCCCUUUGAUAUUAUGAAAAUGCCAGCAUUUGUUUUA